AUGAUUUGUUUGCGACAUUGCUGCUUGUCCCGAUGUUUUGGCAGGCCUCGGGAUGAUGCAAACUGGAUUAUCGACGAGGGUGGUUGUUGCAUUUGGUACGACGAGCCUGAUUUGAUCAAGAAGGUUGAGACCAGGAUCGGAAUGCCCAUGAAGGUCAUGGACCCUGAGGACUUCAGUGUUCCUGGUGUCCUAGAAAGCCCUCUGGGGGAAGCCGGCAAGAAGAGAAUCAAGAAGGAAACAGUCGUCAAGGAACCCCCGAGCAGAAGAGCUCAGAUGCGCAAGAAGGAGGUUCGGAUAUUUGACGCGGUGAGCAGCAUUUGCAUCCAAAACUCGAUUUGCAAAAACAGGCUGCCAACGAACAGGCUUUGA